GGCCCAUUUUGUCCUCUCGGUACAAAACAGUUCAGGCAUAAGGCGGCACUGCAAAAGCACCUGAAGACAAAAUCCUGCUUUGUCAAUAAAACAGAUGUGACAGACGACAGUUCGGCACAUCAUCUGACGGGUUCCACCGGUGAAACGAAUUCGACACCUGAUCGACGUGGCACAGCGCAGGACGGACAGAGAAAAUACUCUAAUUCUCAGAGAGCCGUAUGCCGCGACGUUGAAGUUGCAAUUGACGUUCACGGGUAUACCAGCAAACCGCCACUGCGAACGGAAACAAGUCUCCUGCCGCAUCGGCAAGAGCCUUUAGCUGCUGCCAGCGCUAGGCACCCUUCCUACCUGGCUUUAGCAAGAACAUGCAGGCCUUCGAGCAUUUCUUGUAUUGAACCUGAGUAUCUUGUCCGAAGCAACGAAGCGACCGUCGCGGAUGACGGAUCACGAAAUCAGAGGUCUAACCACACAGGAAGCGAACAGAGUGGUUCAUGGCGGGCAACUAACCCAGCAAACGGGUGGGAAAACGCGACAGCAAUGCCAGUCCAUAGGUUGGAGGAGCCAGCAAAAACAAGGCAUAGCAGCGUUGAGGAAGAGCUUCGACACUCCCUAAGUCAGUUACCAAUUGAGAUGCUCCUUCCCUUGAUUGCCGAGUUUAAGCCGGAAACUGCACCGGGUGUCCAGGCCCUCUCGUUAAAAGGAUUGGAUGAACGUCUCGUUAUCAGUCUAUUAUGUGAACAAAAUGCUUCUUUUCCCGUACAGCCUGUUCAUUCAUCGGGAGCACGUGCAUGCCAACAACACGCCAGGACUCCACUGGAUCUCCGUACAUUCCUUAAUGCGGAUCCACGCGGGAGUCAGUCCUGCGGGAUAGACGAGAACUCCAUAGUGUGUUGUUCAGCGACAGAUGCGCCUUGCCACCUGCCUGAAACACAAAUCGGAGAGAAGCAUCAUGAAUCAGUGGUGCCGAAGGAGUCAGACUUUCCACCAAAACCAGGUCAACUCUCGUACAGAGAGACGCCGUCCACUGUAAAGUCCCUACUUUUGACCACCGAAGCGCCAGCGGGUGGGAUGCGUUGCUCAAUGAGGGAUCCAACUGCCCCACCGCCGACUCCGGGUAAUGAAAAGCAAGAACUAUCAGACAAUCUUGGUGAUCCGUCUUCUGCCGAAUCUUCUUGUUGGACUUCAAGUCACCAGAAUCGCUUGAGCCCUCCACUCACUGGUCUAGCCUCAAAAUCAUUGGGAAAUGGCACAGUUCAAAAGGCGCACGAGGAUCGAAUGUGCUAUGAGGUCCGAAAGAGGAGAACAAUUCCGGCAACUCCGUGUCGAAUCAGUCGUGCCUGUCAGAUUUCACUCGGUGCUGAACAGCUAAAGAAGGUCAUGCUAUCGGUGAAGUGCUACGGAACAGAUCGUAAGAAAAUGCAGCCGAAAAUCUCCGGUCAAGCGUCCAUUAAAAGCAAAAACGGACGACCCAAGGGGAAAAUCCUUGCCACAAAAGCCAGAGCCUGUGACUCCGUUCUGAAGAACAAAACUACUGAGGCUGUGGUCCGGAAAUACGGAGUUCCCAAUGCAGCUGCCACGUUAUGCGUUCCUCCAACACGACGACUUGGUGAUAACGUGCCCAUUGAAACGGAGCAAUUGGAUGCGCGCUGCUGCGCCAUUAAUAGAUCCAGACGCAACACAAUUCGCGACGGGCGGAAGGGCUGCUCGGUCAAACAAUCCAGGGGUUGGAUCAGAAAAGUGCAGUCUAAGGCAGGAGUCAAUAGGCAGCCAACGCGUGCCGCUACGAGGACUGAAGUGGUGGCACCAUCUUGCACCUCUGUACACUGCCACGAGAAAAGGAAAAACCACUCGACGAAAACAGUGUUGGUGAAGAAGGCCAGGACAACGGAACUGGGGGACUCUGCACCGAAGCAAACCUUGAAAAAGUCCACUCGCAAAGCGGAUUGUUCUUCUGGAGCGUUAAAGACGACGCAAGGAAAACGAAGGGUGCGUCCGCCGAAAUCGCGGAGGCGUCCCAGUAGAUUUCAGAGCAAAACCGAGCCUCACAUUACCACGAAUAUGAAAGCCACAGCAUUUCACGAGAGUCUUUUUGGAGAGAAAACACUCCUUCGAAGCCGAUUAGCAAAUAUGUUAAAUGAACUCAAACUAGAUGCGGAUAUGUCACUGUCGAAUGGGAAAGCCAGGAAAUACGGCUAGCCCGGCUGCAGAUCGGGACAGUAGGAGGAUUUUCAACAGUCGUCCCACAAUAUAUGCACCGUAAACGAUUGCCUGCGUCACCACCACGCUGAUGAGCUUUAACUAACUUUCAUUUCAUCUCAAUGUUGUGAUAGCAAGGUUCAUUCUGCGUUCGUAGCGGGGUCAACUGGCUUGCGUGCAGUUAUUGAAUGAACUGAGUAGUUCACAUUGUUGUGUCAAGAGCUUCGCGACGAGCUGAACCGUGUCGACGGGGAUGUCGAGAGUGACAGGAGGCUACGGCCAUAUAUAUGCCAAAUGCUUUCUUUCGUUAUUGAGAGCAAGUCGUAAACUUGCCGAUUCAGGCGGACUGGGGCAGACAACUGCCAAAUACACAUUAGCGCACGAUGGAAGCUUGAUUUUUCUACGCCAAAAGGGUAGAUGUGGUCGGCGUCCAUUGAUACAGCCAGAUCGGAAGGAAAAAAAGAAAGAAGAACUGCAGACAGAGUGUAUUUUUCCGCAG